AUGCAACCAGCAGAAGACGCUGUACAACGCGAGUUCAAAUAUCUUGUUCUUAACUAUUUACAAAAAGAGGCUGAUGAAGUUUCUGCGAAUGCGUAUGCGUCAUGUACAAAGAUAUACUUUGACAAAGACUAUUUUCUUCGUCUGAUUGUCACCGACCAAGUCGAAAAAGCGGACGAGUUGUUAACGCGAUACGUCGACAUCAAGAAUGAAAGUGAGUUGUUAGCGCUUCUUGAAGUCAAAAAGUUCUUACUUUUCCGAUGUGUUUUAGAGAACAAUUUAAUACAAAUCCGAACAAUUGUCGAUUCGUUAAAACUGAUCGAAGGGGGCAACAACAUACACGUCAGGAUGUUACUUACAAAACUUUUUUUGGAUGUCAACCCAUUCACCGACGAAGCAUUUCAACCGUAUCUCACACAUGACAUAUUCAGAAAGACUGUGUUAGGUCCUCGUGUACUUUUAUAUUUGGAGAAGAGUCCAAAUUUCCAGAAUAUAAUGACAUUACCACCAAUGCAAGAUAAUAUUCUCAAGAAACUCGUGUCGAACGGCGUCAGGUAUGACCAUAUCAAAAUUUGUUCCGGGAAGCCUAGUGAUAAAAUCGAGAUUCUUUCAUUGUUGGAACAAAAACACAGUUGCGAUGGGAAGAAGUAA